GGCGUCACGUGGGGGGGAAGGAACCAAUGGGAAAGGAGGAGACAGGCCCCGCAUAAAAGCGCCGCCGUCACGUGAAGGGCAGCCAAUCAGAGGGCGGCCUGACCCCCGGCCCCCGGGAUGGUGUCGCCGGCGAUCGCCCUGGCCUUCCUCCCCUUCCUCGUCACCCUGCUGAUCCGCUACCGGCACUACCUGGUGCUGCUGUACCGGGCGGUGCUGGUGGGCUGGCUGCGGGACCGGCUCACCGGCGUCCCCCGGGAGCAGCGCGCCUUCCAGUACCUGCUGGCCCACGCCAUCCCCGGCGACCCCCGCCACGUCCUCCAGACCUUCGACCAGUGGUGCUACCACUGUGAGCACCUCAGCUGCGUGGGGCCCGUCAAAGGGCGGAUCGUGGAGCGGCUGCUGGAGGAGCGGGCACCGCUGCGGGUGCUGGAGCUGGGCACCUACUGCGGCUACGGCACCGUGCUGCUGGCGCGGGGGCUUCCGCCAGGCGCCCGCCUCUACACCGUGGAGGGGGACCCCCGCCACGCCGCCGUAGCCGAGAAGGUCAUCCGCCUGGCCGGCUUCGACGAGCAGACGGUGGAGCUGAUCGUGGGCCCCUCGGAGGAGGUGAUCCCCCGCCUGAGGGAGCGGCACGGCCUGACGAAGGUCGACUUCGUCUUCAUGGACCACUGGAAGCGCUGCUACCUGCGGGACCUGCAGCUGCUGGAGAGCCACCAGCUGCUGGCCGAGGGGGCCACCGUCCUGGCCGACAACGUCCUCUUCCCCGGGGCGCCCCAUUUCCUGCAGUACGCCAAAACCUGCGGCAAAUACCGCUGCAGGGUGCACCGCGCCAGCCUGGAGUAUUUCCGCGCUAUUCCCGACGGCAUCGCCGAGCUCUGCUACACCGGGAACCGCUGAGCCGGGCGCGGAGCUCCGCCAGGGCCGCGCUCAGCUGGAAACACGGGCUGCGGAGAAAAGGUGGUGGCUGCUGUGGUUUGUGGUGGGACACGGAGGUGGGAGCGGCACCCAGGGGUGGAAGAGGGCGCCUUGCCGGAGCCGAGGAAGGUCGGGGCGAGACCCCGGGGAAGCCCGGCGCUCCCCAGCAGCACCCGGAGCCCCCCCCG